AUGGAUAAUCAUCAUAGUAAUUUAAACCACAAUAACAAUAACAAUAAUAAUAAUAAUAAUAAUAAUAAUAAUAAUAAUAAUAAUUUACAAAGAAUUACAAAAUCAUAUUCAUUAAGUAAUGAAGAUUUAACACCAAAUUCAAAGCCACAACAACAACUACAACAACAACAACCGAUUUAUUAUUCACCUCCAUAUUCUAAUAGAGUGAUACCAAUUGAAAAUAGAAUCAGUGAAGAAGAUAAUAAUAAUAAUAAUUUUCAUUAUUUCAAUCCAAUACCUAUUCAUCAUAACCAACAACAACAACAGCAACAUAAACAGCAGUUAAUGACCAGAUCAAUAUCACCUGGAAUACUUAAUAAUAAUAAUAAUGUUUUAUCAUCUUCACCAACUUCGACACAGUAUAAUGUAUCCUCACCUUUAUCAAUAAAUAAUGGUAAUAAUAAAAAAUCAACAUCAAAAACAUCAUUACAUAAAAGAUCAAAUUCACAUGGAUUACCACCAAAAUCAAUAUUUCAUCAUUCGCCUCCUAAUAAUAUUCAAAGUGUAUCUUAUUUAUCACCUUUAAUAUAUACUCAACAACAUCAACAACAAUUUAGUAUUAGAUCAACACCUCAUUCUCCAAAUAUUCUUUCUCCUCCAAUUAUACCAUCACAACAUUUACUUAAUAAUAAUAAUAAUAAUAAUAAUAAUAAUAAUAAUAAUAAUAAUAAUAAUACCUCAACUACCACUACUACCACUACCACUACCAAUAGUAAUAACAAUAACAAUAACAACAAUAAUAAUAUUAUCACAUCCCAACAAUUACCACCACAAAGCAUUUCUUCAAUUGUAACUCCAACAACCUCAUCACCAAUAAUAAAGAAAAGAAUAGCUAGAAACAUUUCUCAUACACUUGAUGGUAGUACUAUUUUCAAUGGUGGUUCUUUUCCCCCAAUUCAAUCUUCACCAUUACAUCAUGACUCUCCUCCAAUUUCACCAAGAUUAUCAAUAAACAAUAGUGGUAAUAAUAAUGAUAAUAAUGACAUCAAUCAUAGAAGGGCUGUAUCAUGGGAACCACCACUUCAAGGAAAAUCGUUAGAAACCUUAAAUCAAAUUAUUAAAGAGAAAAAAGAGGCACUCAUUCAAAGAGAAAAAGAAUUAAUGCAAAAACAAAAACAAUUGGAACAAGAAUUCAUUCAAAGAAGGGAGAAUUUAACAUCUUCUCCACCUAUUAAUAUUCAAUCACCAUCACAACCACAACAACAAUCAAUACCCAUACCAAUUCAUUCAUCACCAAUUCAACAACAACAGCAUAGUUACCCAUUAUCACCAAAUAAUAAUAAUAACACAGGUUCCUUUAUAAUCAGUCCUUCAUUGAGUUCAUGUUCAUUACAAUCGCAACAACAACAACCACAGCAGCAACAACCUCGACCAAUUUUAAAACAUAAUAGAUCGAAAUCUGAUACAAAUACAGUUAUUAAACUACAACAAUUACAACUACAGCAGCAACAACAACAGCAACAGCAACAGCAACAGCAACAGCAACAGCAACAACAACAACAACAACAGCAGCAGCAGCAGCAACAGCAACAACAACAACAAUUACCAAAAAAGAUUUAUCCACACUCUGUUGUUUUUUCAUCGAAUGGAAAUGUUGGUUAUAGUCAAACUCCACCAAUUUCAUCACAAUCAAGUAGUGCAAUCUUUUCACCAACAUUAUCUCAUUCAACAUCAAAAUAUCAUCAUGAAAAAUCAAAAUCUGCACAAUUUUCUUCACCAAAAAUUAACUCUAUACUUUUAACUCAAAUUUUGCAACAACAUCAAUUACAACAACUACAGCAACAACAGCAACAGCAACAACAACAACAAAUUUCAACAGUUUCAGGUGUACCAAUACCUUUGCCAAUUUCAAGUUCAAAUAAUAAUAAUAAUAACAAUAACAAUGUUAAAGUACCAAGAAGAAAGUCAAUUGACCCUCUCACCUAUAUAUCAUUAAACUCUCACCUUCAACCAAUUUCCAGUAAUAAUAACAACAACAAUAAUAAUAAUAAUAUAAAUAAAUCAUUUAAAAAUCCUGUUACAGUUCAAUUUUUAAAUUCACUUCAAGCAAUGAAUAUAGAUGAGUUUGAAGAGGAAUUGGAUAAAGAAAUUCAACAAGUCAUUUUACAAACUAAAAAUAUUCAAGGUAAAAUGGAAUUAUUAGAAAGAGUAAGAUGUGCUGCACCAGAUCCAUUAUUAAUGUUAUUUGGAGAGAAUUGUAAAAAUGUAAUUGAUAAAAAAUAUAAUCAUUCUCAGAAUAAUAGUGGUGUUAAUAGUACAAAUAAUAAUGUAUCAUCAACUAUGGUUAUUCAAUCACCACUUUUAUCUCAAGUUUCUAAUAAUAAUAAUAAUAAUAAUAAUAAUAAUAAUAAUAUUAUUAAUAAUAACAAUAGUAGUAAUAACAAUAAUAAUAUUAAUAAUAAUAACAAUAGUAACAAUAGUAAUAAUAAUAAUAAUAAUAAUAAUAAUAAUAAUAAUAAUAAUAAUAAUAAUAAUAAUAAUAAUAAUAAUAAUAAUAAUUCAUCUGUAAUCUUAUCAAUACCACCUUUACCAAUAUCACAACAAAAAUCUCCAUCAAUUUUAUCUCCAUCACUUUUAUCGCCAACUCUUCAAAAUUAUCAUCCAACAUUUCAAGAUACCAGACCUCAUGGUAUUCCAACAAAAACAUCAAGAAAGAAACCAACAAAUAUUAAUUCUAGAUGUCCUGACAAAACGAAAAGUAAGAAUUUAAAUCCUUCUCUUGUUCCACGUGCUUCUGCAUUUAGUCCUCCUCCACGUCCAGUUAGUUAG